CUUGAGAAAUAAGACAUGUGUCAAAGAACCAUCAUACACCCUGACCACAUCCCUGCAGCUUGUGUGUGUACAUACACGCAGCACUUCUUGCACAGGACGAAAAGGCUUAUUUUGCAUUUAUUAAAACUGUAAAGGUGUCAAAUAACAACAGCUGACUUUGGUGAAGCUGACAGCAACUUUGAUCUCACAACAGACUUAGAACUAAUAAAUAACACAGGCAAAUAUUGCAACAAAGAUUUACUUUGACUCAAAUCAAAUCAGCUUCUCUGACUUCAUAGGGGUCAAAGGUCAACACCUAGAAUGUGAAUAGUUACUGACAAUAAAUAACACAGAAACUAUUUGGUGAAAUCUGCACAGUUCAUAUCUUAUUAUGGACUGGGACAUACCCAAAAGUGAUGCUUAAAUGCUGCAUGAUCACAGCAACAUGCAUCAAGUGUGAUAGUUCAUUUUGUUCAUGAUGACCAGGACUGUUAUUAUGUUGACUGACAGCAAGCUAGACCAAUCGGUUCAUGUACAAGCCUGUUAGAGUUGUGAGAAAAAAUAUCAGUGAGUGUGAAAGAAAUAUAGAGGUAGUCAGUAGACAGGAAGUGGAUAUGCAUGGAUAACUAUUAUAUCAUCUCAGGAGACUCUGCCGUGCAGAUGCUGAAGAUCAACCAUCGAAUAAACAGGGGCACUGACAGCUGAAGUAACAGAGUCACAAUAUUUUCACUGAGCAUUUUCAAAAUGAGGACUCUUCUUCUGCUUCUCCUCUCACUGAUGACAGGUUGUGAGGCUGUGUCUAAUGUGAAGGGAUGCCGAGACGGAUGGGUUGAAUUCACCUGCAACUAUCAAAGAUCUGGUUUUACUUUAACUAAAUCAGGACAUACACUCAUGGAAAGUUCUAAAAACAAUGAGUGGGAAACCAUCAACAGUGUUUCCCUGUACCGUGAUACAAACAACAAAAAAGUCAGAGUGCUCAUCAAAAACCUUAAACAAGAAGACUUUGAAUCAGAAUACCAGUGUAAAAAACAGGGGUCAAACUUCGACACAGUAAAACUGGACAAAGACAGAGGCUGCCAAGGACAAUUCAUUCAAACUGUGUACAGAACAGCUAAAACCACCAUCACAUGUAAUUAUCCAAGAAACAGAGACGAGUCCGAUGUCCUGUUUCUCUGCAAAGAGAACAAAAUCACCUGUGAGGACAUCUUAUCAACUGAAUCUUCUCCAAAGUCAAGCGAGACAUUCACUCUCACAAAAACCAACACAGGCUUCACCGUGUCCAUCAGUAAAGUGUCCUCACAUCAUGCUGGUGUCUACUGGUGUGGAGUAAAGUCAAAUGAAGGAAGUUACCGAGCUGGAUUCAGAAAAAUACCACGUUAAGUUGAGUUAAAGAUAUUAGAAUCUUCACAAGGUCUCUAACUACUGGACAGAAUUUUACAUACUGGUGUGCAUAUCCAGACCGUGCUCCGAAAAAUAAAUUCAUCUGUAGGGGAAGAUCCAUCAUAUGUGAACCUCUAGUGAACGCCACGCAGCUCGGCAAGAAACACUGGGAGGUUUUCCAUGGGGAUGACAGAAGAGAGAAACAUCACCAUAACAGUGAGAGAUAGUAACAACAGACGACACUGGGACAUACUGGUGUUGAGCAGAAAGUACUGAAAACAAAAACCAGUAACCCCUUCU